AUGUCCCCAGUAGAGCAGAAACGGCUGCAGGCGUCUCUCAAGACGGCCACCGGUACCUUUAAUCAGGCCGUGGCAGUCUCCCAGGACGCGCUCAACGACGGUUUGUAUUACUUGUUUGACAAGUUCGAGGAACUGAAGAAGAUGGAAGUGAAUUCAAAGAAAUUUGGUUCCAUCAACGCCUCGAUGAGUUAUUCCGAAAUCUCUCUGCCUGUAAAGUCCUCCAAUUACCGCACAGUCGUCUUUUAUUGCAUCUUUGAAUCCGGACAGCUCAUUGUCACGGAUGACAUGGGCCGACCCAAGCCGCGUAUUAAAAUGGAUAAAUGGCGUUUUGCCUUUGACGUCGACUUUACUACCCUCCAAGUGCCGCCGCAAACACAAGAACACGAAGAGGUGAAGAAGAAGCUGAAACAGCUAGGCGACUAUUCCAUCAAGAGGUUGUUCCUCGACUUUAAAACCCACAAGAUUAGAAAUUUUAAAAAGGAUCUAAGCAGCUUCGGGGACCACGUAUGGAACAAUGAAGACUUGCAAAGCUUCCUGUCUCUCAUGUCCUUCUGGGGCGAUCCAGACAAGGGGGUCAUGAAGGAUCCCCAAAAGUCGACGCUGGGAUAUUACUUGACGACCCCGAAGCCCGAGACGGUCAAUCCGCCGGCCCCGACGUUCCCGCCGACUGCCAUGAAGCAUCAGCACUACAAGUAUAUUGCACCCGGAAAGGACGUUCCUGACGAAGGACUGAAGCUUGGCAAGAACAAUAUGCUCUUGUAUUUGGAAAUGACCCAGAACCGGUCAUUCCCAAAAGAGGACAUCCUAGAAUAUUCAGGCAAUUUCGUCACUGCGGGCAUGAAAGGGACAACCUGCAUCUCCCGAGACGUCUUUUGGGAUUCGUAUCUGAUCCGAAACCCGCCCCUAAGCAGUCCUCCCGGGUCGCUGCCUCCACUCCUCCGCGAGUUCAAUAGGCAUACCUACGCCUGGUUGGGAGGCUUUCACAUUUGGGCUAAAGGAUACGUCGCUGGUGUGGCCUGGAGCUUCGGAUUCGGGCACACAGGCUGGGAGCCACCGCGAACCCACGAGUAUUUUGCAUGGAAGCAAGUCUCGGCGGAUAAAUGGGAAUGGAAGGUAAGCGACGACAAAUCGGACAGUGACAAGGGAACAUGGCCCGUCAAGGCCGAGGGAAAAGCGAAAAGUUACACGUACAACGAGUUGUGGUUCGUGCCGGGCCAAAACGUUAUACACAUCAAGGGAGUCUCGAAGCUCUGGGCAGAAUGGAAGAAGAGUGGUUGGGAGACGUUGAUAGAAAAGGGAGGCUCCGAAAUCAAAUUCAGCGUGGAUAUCUCGGUGGACUCUGUCAUCGAGGGAGGCCUGAAGCUAAACAUGAACCUUCCGCAAAUCCCCAAGGACGUUUUCAAGAUCACCCAGGUGAUGAAUCCUUGGGGCGCGGCUGCUCAACAAGACAGCAGCGACGACACCGAGUCCGAGCCCGAGAGGUGGGAGACGGCCGAAGGUGACGAAGACAAGGUCAUCCCGGAAGCAAAGGCAGGGGAAAAGAAGUCCAUCAACGUCAAGGACAUAAUGGAGGCGGCCAGUUUUGCAGCUAACCAACUCGAUUUCAAGCCCAUGACGACCAAUUUGCAGUCGGCGUUGCUGAACUCGGCACGCUUCGUUAUUUCCGGUGGCCAGGACUUUUUCCACAAGAACCCCGUGUUCAAUAACAACGGAGAUCUUAUUGUGGAGGCGACGUAUAAGCAUCGAUAG